AUGAAGGGCAGUGCCAGGCAGAAGCUGGACCAGCAAAACUUCAUGGAACAGGUGCGCGAAUGCAGGGACAACGGCUACCUGCUCUCUUCCAGGAAGACUGGUUCUGGGGCCUUCUCCAAAGUCUACCUGGCCUACGCCACACAUGAGCUCAUGCAGCACAACCCCAAGCUGGCCUCCGAACUGCGGGGCAAGCACCAUGCCAUGGUGGCUAUCAAGAUCAUCUCCACUGCCGAGGCCCCUGUGUUCUCCCAAAAGUUCCUGCCUCGUGAGAUAUCGUCACUCAAUGCUACCUACAAGCACCUGAAUGUGGUGCAGCUCUAUGAGACCUACCAGAAUAACCAGCACUCCUACUUGGUGCUGGAGCUGGCAGCCCGUGGUGACCUCCUGGAACACAUCAACGCGGUGUCGGACCGCCGCUCGCCGCGUCUGGGAGAGGAGGCGGCCCGCAGGCUGUUCUGGCAGCUGGUCAGUGCCGUGGCCCACUGCCACAGCUCGGGCAUCGUGCACCGGGAUCUAAAGUGUGAGAACAUCCUGCUGGACGACCAAGGCCUCCUUAAGCUGACUGACUUUGGCCUCACCAACCGGUCGGGCCUCAAGAACUCGCUGCUGAGCACCUUCUGCGGCUCUGUGGCCUACACAGCUCCCGAGAUCCUCAUGAGCAAGGAGUACAAUGGGGAGCAGGCCGACCUGUGGAGCCUGGGCAUCGUCCUUCAUGCCGUGGUGACUGGGGAGCUGCCCUUGAAGGGGCACCAGGCCCACCACAUGCUGCACCUGAUGCGCCACGGCCCCUUCAGGCCAGGCACGUACCCAGAGUGCCAGGACCUGAUCCGGGGCCUGCUACGGCUACGCCCGCGUGCAUGCCUGGACCUGCAGCAGGUGGCCGCCCACUGCUGGAUGCUGCCCGCCGCGCAGGCCCUCUUCUGCACCAUGCUCAGCUCGGCGCCAGGUAGGGUGGGGCCCCAGGGGGCUGGGCAGGUGGUUGGCCCCUCAGUGCCCCUCCUGAUCCCCACGGCUGUCGGCUGCAGAGAAGCCAGCUAA